UUUUUCUUUUUUUGUUGUAUACUUUUGUUCUGUGUAAAGUGAAGAAAAAAUAUAAUAAAAAAAUGGCUGAUGAAAACGAAAACUAAAAAAAAAAUCGUAUUGCAAUAUAAAUUCCAAUUAAAAACAAAACAUAAUUAUUAACAAUAUUUUGUGCAAUAUAAACUUGAAACCAUCUUACAGAGAAAAACCGAAUUUCCAAAAAAAAAAACUUCCAAAUUCUCCCACAUACACAGGUGUGAAUAAAAUAUCAUUGCACACACUGAGUGGUAUUGAAAACAAUUAAAAAACAAGAAAAACACUCGCUAAAAAAACAAAAAUGGACGGAAACGAUAGAGAACCACAAUUCGGUCAUAUGGGACCCAUUUCCCCACCCGAAAUAAAACCCGACAUCUCACUUCUAAAUGGCAAUAGUGUCGAAGCAUUCUCCCCAGGUCCUGGCAGCCCUGGACAAUUCGUUUCCAUCAGCUCCCUUCAAGCUGUCACCGCAAUGAAUGAAUCUCCCACAAACCAGAAUCGCCUCCAACAUUCCCAACAACAACAUCCACACCAACAACAACCCCAAUAUCCCCCCAACCAUCCCCUCAGCGGAUCCAAACACUUGUGUUCCAUAUGUGGCGACCGUGCCAGUGGCAAACACUACGGCGUCUACAGUUGCGAAGGUUGCAAAGGCUUCUUCAAGCGCACCGUUCGCAAAGACUUAACUUACGCCUGCCGCGAAGACAAAAACUGCAUCAUUGACAAAAGACAACGAAAUCGCUGCCAAUAUUGUCGCUAUCAGAAAUGUUUGACUUGCGGCAUGAAACGCGAGGCUGUUCAAGAGGAACGCCAGCGUGGUGCCAAAAUGGCCAAUGCACGCAAUGAACAAGAACUAAACCCGACAAGUUCUGUGCGGGAUUUAACAAUCGAAAGAAUCAUCGAAUGCGAACAGAAAGCGGAGUCGCGAUGUGGCGAUAAUGUUGUACCUUUUCUUCGAGUUGCUCCCAACUCGAUGGUUCAGACAGAGUACAAAGGAGCAGUGUCUCAUUUAUGCCAAAUGGUUAAUAAGCAAUUAUUCCAGAUGGUUGAGUAUGCCCGUCGCAUGCCACAUUUCCCGCAAAUGCAUCGCGACGAUCAGAUUUUAUUGUUGAAAUCGAGUUGGAAUGAAUUGUUGAUUGCCAAUGUGGCUUGGCGCAGUAUUGAAUACCUGGACAUCGAACAUACGAAUGCGGAUGGGACAAUUGAUCGGCGAACGCCAAUUAGGCCACCGCAGCAAUUGUGUUUGGCACCGAAUUUUACUUAUCAUCGGAAUAGCGCUAUUCAAGCUGGGGUGGCUACGAUUUUUGAUAGGAUUCUCUCUGAGUUAAGUGUGAAGAUGAAAAGGUUAAAUAUUGAUAGGUCGGAGUUGUCGUGUCUGAGGGCGAUUAUACUCUUUAAUCCGGACAUUCGUGGGUUGAAGGGGAGGAAUGAUAUCGAGAUGUGUCGGGAGAAGGUUUAUGCCUGUUUGGAUGAGCAUUGCCGGACUGAACAUCCCGGAGAUGAUAGUCGAUUUGCACAGUUGCUGUUGAGAUUGCCGGCACUGAGGUCGAUUAGUCUUAAAUGUCUGGAUCAUUUGUUCUUUUUCAGGGUUAUUGGGGAUAAGCCGAUAGAGAAUUUCAUUGCUGAGGCUUUAAAUACUCCACUUCCAUUGCCUUAAGAUGGGAGAGAGUAGAGUAGAGCGGGACCGCACGGUUGGACGGGUUUAUAUAUUAUUUUUCUAUUAUUAUCUCUUCUGCUUUAUAGGAUUUUUGAAAGUAUUUCUUUUUUUCUCUAUUUCUACUUAUUAUUUUUAUUGGUUUUUUAAAAACAAAUUAAAAAUUAUUAUUAUUAAAUAAAAAAAAAUUAAAUAUUAUUAUAAUAAAAAAAAUGUUUAAUGUA